GUUUAGCGUGAGCGCGCUUCUCGCCUCUGUCGCGCGCCUCUCGCUCGGUCAAGUGCAUCAGGCUGGUAUUAUUCAUGUGUGAAGCCCAGACUCGGUGAAGAUGGCGAUGUGUGCGGCGCUCAGAUGCGUUUCGACAAACUUUUCGGCAGCAUUGCCCCUGCUCUCGAGACCUGCACAUAUCUGGACGUGCCAAAAUUCGCUAAGACCAAACAUCUUAAGGACGCUUUACACGAGCUCGCGGCUUUCGGGAGCUCUGAAGUUUACAGACAAACACGAGUGGGUGCGAGUGGAGGGCGGUGUGGGUACAGUCGGCAUCAGCAACUUUGCUCAGGAAGCUUUAGGUGACGUGGUGUACUGUGGGCUUCCAGAAGUGGGAACAAAGCUUGAACAAAUAGAGGAGUUUGGCGUUUUAGAAAGCGUCAAAGCUGCUAGUGAGCUGUAUUCUCCACUGACUGGAGAGGUGACCGAAAUCAACACAGAUCUGGCAGAUAACCCUGCACUAGUAAAUAAAGCCUGCUACGAAGACGGAUGGUUAAUUAAGAUGACCAUAGAGAAACCUGCAGAACUUGAUCAACUCAUGGAUGAAGCUGCUUAUGAAAAAUUCAUCAAAUCCCUUGAUUCAUAAAGGUUUUCAGACCUUUUGUUCUUG